CAUGGGAGCACUGCGGCACGUCUGCACCGGAGAAGAAAAGAUACUUGGUCCCAACCAGAGGAGAGGAGGCGGCGACGCCACGUUGGCAUCCAAUCCACCAGACUACUACCAAAAACGGGCAGGCAUGGUCCGCGCCGGAUAAGAAGAAGAGAAGAUACAGUAUGGUUGCAACAAACAGAAAUUCAGUGCCCUGCACCUUCCCACAGCCACCCAAGAAAGUACUACUCCUUUUCGAUUCGAGAGGUGUUCCUUUCACCCCUCUAAAUCCCCUCAUUUCACCUCUCUAAAGCCCGAAACAAUUAAAUUUUAGAAGCCUGACACCGAACAGCCCUUUAACUCGGUAAUAAGACUGCGAUUCUGUAGAGGGAGCAAGCACUCUAAUAAAACUACGAUUCUUUAGAGGGAGCGAGUGCUCUAAAAUUUUUAGAAACGAACACACUCUGUGAAGCGAAAAAAAAAGAGACCUUAUGUAUGAGGCGUGAAUUGUGAAUCCACCGACCUGUUCAUUCAUUCAUCCAGAGAGUAAACGUUCAUGUUGUGUUGGUACACAAACCUAAGAGGCUAAGACCAAGACAGAUUGCUUGGGAAAGAUCUUGAUUCUGCCGGCCCGUCGUGUCCAUCCACUCCACCUGAGCUGUACCUCUCCAUCUCCAGCUCCGAGUAGGAAGGAGUAAAUCCUCAAAACAAGAGGGAGGGAGACAGGACAGGGGCCGGCGGCCAUGGCGUGCUCCGCGGCCUGCUGCUGCGCCUCCUCCCACGGCCUCUUCUACCGCAGCCUCACCACCACCAGCCGCCGCCCCGCACGCCUCCGCCUCAUCUACCCCUCCUCAGCACCUGCCCCGAGGCUCUCUUCGCGAACCCUCGCCUCGCCCGACCCGCCGCCGCUCGACGCCGACGACCGGGACGACGCCAUCGGCUUCGAGAUCCAGGUCUCCAAGAUGGGGAAGCGGAACCGGCGGGUGGUGCGCGCCAGGGUGCGUGUCGACGCGCCGCUGGAGGCCGUCUGGGCCACGCUCACCGACUACGAGGGUCUCGCCGACUUCAUACCCGGUCUCUCCGAGUGCCGCCUCCUCGACCAAGCCCACGGCUUCGCGCGACUCUACCAGGUCGGGGAGCAGGAUCUGGCGCUUGGGUUCAAGUUCAACGCCAAGGGCACCAUCGACUGCUACGAGGGGGACAUGGAGUCGCUGCCCGACGCCGCGGGGGCGCGCCGGAGGGAGAUCGCCUUCAACAUGAUCGACGGCGAUUUCAAGGUCUUCAAGGGGAAAUGGUCCGUCCAGGAAGAAGAGCAGGGGGGUGGACCGGGAGAUUCAUACCAGUACCACACCACACUGUCGUACCUGGUGGAGCUGGAGCCUAAGCUGUGGGUUCCGGUCAGGCUCCUGGAAGGAAGGAUCUGCAGUGAGAUCAAGAACAACCUAGUUUCCAUCAGAGAACAAGCACAACAGCAGCACGAGGUCAGGCUGCACUGCACGCUGUCACAGGCCUUCUGCCAGAUCCAUGGCAAUCUAAUCUUCAGAUUUGCAUUCCGGGUGCCUUUGCUCAUCAUUCAGUUAUCAGACGCCUUUGCUGCUGCUGUAACCAAGACUGCUGAUCCUCGGCUGACGAAAACCAAAAUUAGACUUAGUCUGGAUGCAGGUCAGCGGGCGCGCCUCCAUAGACCGUGGGGAGAGAGGAAAGUGACCGAAGGGAAGCGUGCAAUCACAUCGUCAACGCCGAUCGAAUUCCCACAGCUGUGUUGUAAACCGGCAUCGAAGAGGCCAAGAACAAGGCUGAAAACGAUUGGAAUCUAUGUCUUGUUCAAGAGUUGAGUUUCACUUGCUACGUUGUGAAUCAAGAUU